AUGUUGCGGAAAGUUAUACAAAUAAAACCUGAAAUUUUUCGCCAGAUUAAACCUCUUUGUAGGCACUUAACCAUCCAGGCGGACCCUAAAAAUACUGAGGCUAUCACUUUAAGUGAUGGCUGCGUCAAACGACUUAAAGAAAUCAGAGAAGAAAAUGGACGCCUACGUGUAGUUGUUACAAAUGGUGGAUGUUCGGGAUUUCAAUACUUGUUCAAUUUAGACAAGAACGUUAAUGAAGACGACAGAAUUUUUGAAAAAGAUGGAGCUCAAGUAAUUGUCGAUCAAAUGUCUUUAGAUUUAAUUAAAGGAUCUAUCAUCGAUUUCCGAGAAGAAAUGAUCAGAUCGUCUUUCCACGUUGUUGGUAAUCCAAGAGCCGAGAUGGGGUGUUCUUGUGGAGUCUCUUUCUCAAUUAAAGAAUAA